AUGGCAGACGACACAGAGGUGACCCAGUCGCCUUCGCAUUCGCGCACUACCCCGCCAAACGGUCAACCGACCGGUCCUUACCAUCACCAUUCUCAUCACCACCACCAUGAACACCACCCGCAUAUCCAGAAUAGCAGCCCUUCUCCUCCCCCUCCUUCCGGUGCCGCUAAUUAUGGCGCCCACGAGGCCACCUUUGUCCGGCCAUCAGACCUCUUGCGCCCCAAAGCUGUUCCUCGUAAUAUCCCUCCACCUGCCCCUCAGAGAUCAGAACGCCCGAUAGACCGAGAUGAAAGAGCCGGCUUGCAGGCAAUACGGGACUUCCUUCGAGCGCGCAAAUGCUACGAUGUGCUACCCUUGAGCUUUCGUCUGAUUGAGCUAGAUGUUGGUCUCACGGUCAAGGAGAGCUUACAGAUCAUGGUCCAGUGUGGUAUCGUCUCUGCGCCGCUAUGGGACUCGAACACUUCCACAUACGCUGGUCUAUUGACCGUCAAUGACUACCUCAAUGUCGUCAGGUACUACAAUGUCCACGCUGACAAACUGAAAGAUGUGGAUAAACUGCUACUCAGCGAUCUAAAAGAUGUCGAGAAAGUCCUUAAUGUCAAGCCUCCCGAAACCGUCUCCGCCUCUCCCGAAGCUAUCCUCUACGAUGCCCUGCGCAAACAACUUGUCUCGCGCGCUCGCCGAAUACCUUUAGUCAGUUAUGACAGCGACACACAACGGACAAUGGUCACUUCAGUCAUCACCCAAUAUCGUAUCCUGAAAUUCAUCUCCAUGAACGUCAAGGAAACGGAUAUGUUGAGAAAGCCCCUCGAGAUGAUAAAACUAGGCACAUAUACAGGCAUCGUGAGGUGUAGCAUGGACACUACGGUAUUGGAUGUGGUCGAUGAGAUGGUCACCAAGAACAUCAGUAGUGUGCCCGUUGUCACAACGGAGGGCAUGUUGCUGAACGUCUUCGAAGCCGUUGACGUGAUUGAGAUCCUCAAAUCCGGCGACUACGGCAAUUUGACCUGGACCGUGGGCAAGGCUCUCAGUUGCCGCUCGCCCAACCACCCAGGCAUUUAUUGCUGCUCGCUCGAAGACGGGUUAGAUACCAUUUUCGAAACGAUCAAGAAGUCCAGGGUCCAUCGGUUGAUGGUAGUGGACGAGCAGAACUACCUGAAAGGAGUGCUGAGUCUUAGUGACAUCUUAAACUAUCUGCUUGUGGACGGUCCCGAGGAGUAG